GACCCAACUUAACAAGCUCAUGGACAACCAUAUUAGGGUGCAGCAAUUUACUUGUGGAAAAUGGAAGCUGUCCUCCACUUACUUUUGCUCCUUCUACUCACUGGACAAGGCUUUUCUCAGUGUUUCACUGACACAGACUGUACUGGAGGACUGGUAGUGGCAGCAGAUCAACGAGCCUGUUGUGUGGGAACAGAUGAUGGACUUUCUUUCAAUAAUGGCACCACCUGUACUCUCUGUGUAGUGCAUGGGUUCCUUCAUACUGACUAUGAUGUGGAAGAGGGCGGGAGACUGGACACAAGGUUUCUACUAAAUUUAAAGGGAAUAACACAGUUUGGUGGUGCUCUUGUUGUCCCUGGUCUCAUUACAGCUGCAGCAGAUGGCACUGCAAACACCUCAGACUUUGAAAACCUGCAACCAAUCAGAGUAACAAACAGUGCAGAGAUUCGUCUGUUCACUGCCAAUGAUGAAAUCACUCUGGAGUAUGAUGACAGAGUGCUACUGAGGUUCACUCCUGACAAUGCUAGUCUUAUUCCUGGUUUAGAGGCUAAUGGAGAGUAUAUCAGAGACACUGCAACAGUCAAUAUCAUUGAUAAUGAUUUGUUGGACAUUAAUUUCGUAGAAUCUGACUAUUCUUUUGAGGAGGGUGCGAGUUUUCCGUGUACACAAAUUACACUUCUGUUCCGGACAAAUCAGAACCCCUUUAAUAUAACUCUUAGUCCUGUUACUGUGGACACAGCUGAGUCUAUGGGUUUGGGAUUUUUCAUUAAUUCUGCAACCAUUGGGCAGGGAUCUAGAGCUACAGCAGGUGUUGAUUUCAGUGAUCUGCAAUUCAUAGUUCCAGUUCCCGCCAAUUCUCGAACUUUCAGAGUAACAGAGUUCAUCACAAUUGUCGAUGAUGAUAUUGAUGAAGAUGAGCAAAGCUUUGCAUUGGUCGCUGAGAUAGGACCUGAUGUUCCCGAGAAUAUCAGCUGUUUCCAGAUUGGAAUUGGGGUAACAGAGUGUCAUGGACGACGAGGAGCGACUGAGAUUAGAAUUUAUGACAAUGACCCAAUGAUCAUUGGAUUCACUGAGAGAAUUCGGACUGUAGCAGAAGAUGAAGUACCUGGGGUGGACUUAUUUUCGCUCCAAAUAAAUGUAGCCAGUGCAAGGACUGCUGAGAGGGAGCAUCCAAUGGAAUUCCGACUUCAAGAAUCCAGCACCAAUGCCACAAUAGAGACACUAAUAGCAUCUAGCUUUGUCUUUGAUGCCACAUUUGGUCUCAGAGCAAACCCAGAUGAUCCCAUUAAGGAGGCAAGGGACCUAGACCCAGGAUCACGGACAGUGCAACCUCUGAUAACAGCUAUUGUAAAUGACUUGAUACCUGAGGACACAGAAUGUUAUACUAUACGUAUAUUCCCUGUUGAUGUUCCUGGUCGCCGUGACCUAUUUAAGUGCAAUGAAGAUGGAGCAGGUGCAAUCGAAUGA